AUGAGUUCAAAUUCAAUUAAUCAAAAACCAAUUUUGCGUCAAGUUCAUUCUCACACAGAACUAUGUACAACCACCAAUUCUACUUGUCCGGCAACGUGUUUUACUAAUAAUCUCACAUCAACCGAACUGGAACUUAUUCGCAAUCCGCCCUACCCUCUUACCAUAUCUUACGACAGUAUUCUCAAUCCCAUUCGCAAGCGACGCAAAAACAGCAACAAGAGAAACUUGCCUCCAAGACCUCAAAAUGCAUGGGUGCUGUUUAGACGUAAUUUUCAAAGUCGAGUACGUUCUCAAUGUUUUGGCGGGCUGCAUACUCUCAAAGAAAUUUCCAAGACGGCCGCCGAAAGUUGGAAACGUCAACCAGAAGAAGUCAAACAAUAUUUCAAUGUUCUCUCGAAAUUAGUUUCACACAAACACAAGGUUAUGUAUCCGGAAUAUGUCUACAACCCGAGGAAAUUUAAGAAUGGUGAAAAUUUUAUAUUUAAGUAUAUGGACAAGGACAAAAUUGCGAAAAGUCGUAACAAUAAAACGAGCUUAUCAAAGAAGGUUAAACUAAGCAAUACUGGCUGCAGCAGCAUUAGCGAGAAUUUAAGAAAUAACAAACAGCAGUCUAGCUUACCAAGUCCGAGUUCUAUCAUCGACAUUUCGAGUUUUUCCUUGUGCGAGAUUUCCGACUUACCCUACUUUCUCACUCAAGAGCCUGCUUAUUUUUCUCCGAAUUUCAUUCAACCUUCUUCUUUCUUUUCUCAAUGUCAAUUCGAUAAUGACAUUAACAAUAAUAACAUAAAUGCUAAUGAGAAAAUAAGUUAUACGGAUUUUGAGUUUGGACAUUGCCCCGGUUAA